ACAAGGAAAAAUCAGCUUGACAGCAAUAAGGCCCUGGAGGGCAGUGAUGACACUAGAAGAAGGUGAUAUUAUAAUAUUUCUGGACCGCCUAAUAGAAAAAGAAUGGUCUAUUGAUCAAUUUCAAAGGAAAUGUGAGGAGAUUAAAGACUACAGGAAAUUGCAGAAGAAGAUGAUGGACCAUCUUGAUCAAGAGUGGACAUCCAUCAAAUCUCAAUACUAUGGAGGUGAUGACAAAGAAGCUGAGGCAGCCCUACAUCCCUAUUUAAGGUUAUCAGAUUCUUCUGAAUUUGAUAAUUAUAUUGAAAGAUUGAAAUCUGUAUCAAAUAAUAUGAAGAAGAUGAAAACAACUACAGAUUUCAACAAAGCUGACUUGAUAUUUUUAUCAGGAAAUGAGGUAAGAAUUAAUAGAUUGAAAUGGUACUAAUACUUAUUUGACCUUUUAUCUGUAAUAAUAAUGACUGCUUUUGGUCAUAUGAU